AUGUUCGGUGGAUUUGGACAAAGUACUGCAAGAAUUAUUAACAAGGAAGAUAUCAAGGUUGCAUUCAAAGAUGUUGCUGGAUGUGAAGAAGCCAAAAUAGAAAUUAUGGAAUUUGUGAACUUCCUCAAAAAUCCCCAACAAUACAAAGAUCUUGGUGCAAAAAUUCCGAAAGGUGCAAUACUAACUGGUCCACCUGGUACUGGUAAAACUCUUCUCGCUAAAGCAACCGCUGGCGAGGCCAAUGUUCCGUUCAUCACCGUGUCCGGAUCAGAAUUCCUUGAGAUGUUUGUUGGUGUUGGUCCGGCUCGUGUUCGCGACAUGUUUGCUAUGGCAAGAAAAAACAGUCCAUGUAUUCUUUUCAUUGAUGAGAUUGAUGCUGUUGGUCGAAAAAGAGGCGGAAAGGGUGGAAUGGGAGGUCACUCCGAACAGGAGAACACAUUGAAUCAAUUGCUUGUGGAGAUGGAUGGUUUCUCAACCGAAGAGUCAUCUGUAAUUGUGAUUGCUGCAACGAAUCGAGUAGAUAUCCUAGAUCCCGCUUUGUUACGACCUGGUCGUUUUGAUCGGCAAAUUUAUGUACCAGUCCCUGAUAUCAAGGGCCGUGCAUCUAUUUUUCGGGUACAUUUGGGUCCAUUGAAAACAUCUUUAGACAAAGUAAAAUUAUCGCGAAAACUUGCUGCACACACCCCUGGAUUCUCAGGCGCUGACAUUUCGAACGUCUGUAAUGAAGCUGCUCUCAUAGCUGCCAGAGAUGCCUCUGAAGAAAUUAGUCAAAAGAACUUCGAGCAGGCCAUUGAAAGAGUAGUUGCUGGAAUGGAAAAGAAGAGCCAGGUAUUACAACCAGAGGAAAAAAAGACUGUUGCAUAUCACGAGGCUGGUCAUGCUGUCGCUGGAUGGUUUCUUGAAUUUGCUGAUCCAUUGCUCAAAGUUUCUAUCAUACCCAGAGGCAAAGGAUUGGGAUAUGCACAGUACCUCCCAAAAGAACAGUAUUUGUAUUCAAAAGAGCAACUUCUCGAU